CUCGCGAGACUAGCUGUUAGGGGCGUUGCUGCUGAGCUAGUGGCCACAGGGUGCAGGCCCCACUACAGGAAAGCGUGGCUUGCGAUGACUCCCAUCAAGCUGCUGGUGCAGCCUACUCAGAGUCUGGAUGGCCGAACGUACGCGGAGUAUGAAUCUGUGAACGAAUGCAUGGAAGGCAUCUGUAAGAUGUACGAGGAGCACCUGAAGCGGAUGAACCCCCUUAGCCAGUCCAUCACUUAUGGCAUCAGUCAGUUGUUUGAGUUUAUCGACCGUCUGGUGGACCUCAGCUGCCUGGUGUUCCGAGAAGAUACCCAGACCUACAAGCCUUACAGCCGAGAGUGGAUCAAAGAGAGGAUCUACGUGCUCCUCAGUCAGCAGGCACAACCAGCCGCGACAUAGUGAUCUGGAGGAUUCCGGGACUGGGGCUGACCUGGGCCACAGGUGUGUGUGGUGGAUGGUGG